AGGCCGUUUAGAGCCAGACCUUUACGUGCACAUUUAUUUAUUUUUUAAUACACCAUGUGCAUGCGCCGCGCUCAUCUGUGGACGUGCCUGCUCGACCUCUGAGUUUUAAGGGAACGAUAGUAUUCAGCGAGCUGGACUUGAUCCGUUCUGGGAAGUCAGCGAAGGACCAAACACCCUAAAUGCUCAACAAGUUGUUUUUUUAUUUUUGACUUGAUUUUGAUAUUUGAGGCUCGCGCCGAGCGCAACGGGAGCGUCUUUCUUUGUUUAAAAUAGAAACCUUUUUGUUGUCCGUGUCAUGGGAGUGUAAAGGACACGCCGCGUCUGGACACAAUGUCAUUGAAAGUCGGUAGAAGUGGGGAUGCGUUGAAGCGGCUGCAGACCAGAGAGAUUUCGAGCGUCAGGCUGUGAACACCUCACCAACUUAAUUCCGGCAUCCGUUUUACAAAACGCGUUGUUUCAGAGUCCAUUCGCUUUCUCCAGUCAGUCUGAGCGCUUCAGCCGCGGGGAGAUAAUAUUUCGGUGCGCCUGCCAUCGUGAUGAGGUGGGUUUUCCGCUCGGAUACUGAUUAUGACAGCGUGUCGCGGACCUCGUGAAAGCAUGGGCUAGAUUUGCGCUAAUUUUACUUCUUUCCGCCGCCGUGCGUUUCCCUUGACCGUGUGUUUAUACGUUUGAGUGUCAGAUUGAAUCAGUGCGCCUCGGAGUGCGAGCGCCCGUGUUGCCUGUAAUGUGCGUCCCUUCUGUCCAUUAACAAACGCAUCCCUCCCGACAGAGGAUCAAGUGUCCUUGUCAUUCAUGCCUGGGUGAAUGUUCUCCACUCUUACCACCUUAAAGCCAGAAAGCAUCUCUUACAUGAUGACAAAUGCUGAAAAGGACCUAAACUGAGUGGGCAUAUAUGCUACACAGACAGGACCCCGACGGCCAAUGAGCAUCGAGCGCCGUUAUCUACAACAGACCGGGAAUCCGGUGCCAAUAUGACCGGCGUCGGAGCAUUGAGGGCGGCUGUGGAGAGGAGAGGGAGGGCCUCGGGUGGAGAGCAACGUUUCAAGGACGCGGAAGGAGGAAUGAUACAGAAACAUCUGUGAGCACAAACGUGACUCUGAGAAAAGAAGGAAAGUGAAGCUGCUGGCGUCACACCGGCAGAGUGAAGGAUUUAAUGGAUGGAUGGGGCUUUUUCCAAGGGCACUGAGGUAAGGAUGACCACCUCGGCGCAGAGAGGGCGGAGGUGUGAGCUGUCGGCUUCAGGAGAAUGACUGAAGGCUCAGAGCACCUUUCUUUAGCUUCCUCAAUUUAACAUUCAGACUGACGUUUUCAUUCUCACAUAUGUAACCUAGAGGUGUGGACAAUACUGAACUGUGGUUUUCCAGAGGAGGUGGGAGUUAUUACAAGUUAUAGUGACACUCCCCUUCCCUGAGUUGGGAUGGAUGGGGUGGCUGGAGGUGUGGGCACCCCCAGCAGCACUGGGGGAUCUGGGGCAGACAGCUUGCCUAGACGUAAUGGAGGGGACGCAAAGCGGCGUAGUAAGGGCAGCCUGCCCUCUCCAGGUUACAGGCUGUCCCAGGCGUCUCUGGAAGGAGAGAAAGGUUCCUUUGGAGGAGACAGCACUUCCUUAAGUGGGCGUGGACGUAGACUCUCAAUCAUGAGCUCUUCCACUAGAGAUGGCCUCCCCUUCCGAGCUGCAGGCACCCCAACCACCCCGGUGCCCCUGCCGCCUCCGCCCUCCUCUUCGUCUGGCACAGCGCAUCCUCCUCCACGCUCAGUGGGCUUCGCGUCCCGCGCCGCCCUGGCUUCCACCUCCUCCACCGGGACCGGGGUCAUGGUGGUGGCCACCGGCGCAGAGACCACAACCACCACUGCGGCGGGGAGCCCCGAGAUGAUGUCUCAGGCUGGUCUGGGUGUGCUCGGUAUGGGGCUGGACGGGGAGGACUACAGCAACUCCAACCAGAGCACCUUCAUCCAGAGACAGUUUGGAGCCAUGCUUCAGCCGGGGGUCAACAAGUUCAGCCUGCGCAUGUUCGGAUCCCACAAAGCCGUGGCACUGGAGCAGGAAAGACUGAAGUCGGCAGGGUCUUGGAUUAUACACCCUUACAGUGACUUCAGAUUUUACUGGGACCUGUUGAUGCUGUUGUUGAUGAUGGGCAACUUAAUCGUCCUGCCCGUGGGCAUCACGUUCUUUCGAGACGAGAACACGGCCUCAUGGAUAAUAUUCAACGUGGUCUCUGACACUCUCUUCAUGGUCGACUUGGUUCUCAACUUUAGGACGGGCAUCGUCAAGGAAGACAGCACAGAGAUAUUACUAGACCCCAGGGCGAUCCGUCAGAAAUACCUGAAGAGCUGGUUCCUGGUGGACUUUGUUUCAUCCAUCCCUGUGGACUACAUCUUUCUGAUGGUGGACAGUUUGGACUCCGAGGUCUACAGGACAGCCAGGGCGCUGCGCAUAGUCCGCUUCACCAAAAUCCUGAGUCUGUUACGGCUUCUUCGUCUGUCCAGAUUAAUCCGUUACAUCCACCAGUGGGAGGAGAUCUUCCAUAUGACCUAUGAUCUUGCGAGUGCCAUGGUGAGGAUAGUGAAUCUGAUUGGUAUGAUGCUGCUUCUGUGCCACUGGGAUGGCUGUCUCCAGUUUUUGGUCCCCAUGCUGCAGGACUUCCCUCCCGACUGCUGGGUUUCCAAGAACCUGAUGGUGAACGACACAUGGGGCGUGCAGUACUCCUAUGCUCUUUUCAAAGCCAUGAGCCACAUGUUGUGUAUCGGGUACGGUGCCCAGGCUCCAGAGGGGAUGACUGAUGUGUGGCUCACCAUGCUCAGCAUGAUCGUGGGCGCCACCUGCUACGCCAUGUUCAUCGGCCACGCCACCGCUCUCAUCCAGUCAUUGGACUCCUCACGACGGCAGUAUCAGGAAAAGUACAAGCAGGUGGAGCAGUAUAUGUCAUUCCAUAAGCUUCCUGCAGAUGUCCGUCAAAAGAUCCAUGAGUACUAUGAGCACCGCUUCCAGGGGAAAAUGUUUGAUGAGGAGAACAUCCUGGGAGAGCUUAGCGAGCCACUCAAAGAGGAGAUAGUCAGCUUUAACUGCCGGAGCCUGGUGGCUAACAUGCCGCUGUUUGCCAACGCUGACCCCAACUUUGUGACUGCUGUGCUGACCAAGCUCCGCUUUGAGGUGUUUCAGCCGUCGGACUUCAUCAUCCGUGAGGGCACGGUUGGACGGAAGAUGUAUUUCAUCCAGCAUGGACGAGUCAGUGUAUUGACCCGUGGCAACAAGGAAACCAAGCUGAGCGACGGGUCAUACUUUGGAGAGAUCUGUUUGUUGACUCGUGGGCGGAGGACGGCCAGCGUCCGAGCAGACACAUAUUGCCGUCUGUACUCUCUCAGUGUGGACAGCUUUAACGAGGUUCUGGAGGAACACCCGAUGAUGAGGCGUGCCUUUGAAACUGUUGCUGUUGACAGAUUGGACCGCAUUGGCAGGAAGAACUCCAUGCUCCUGCGGAAGUCAUCCCAGGGUGGCUCUCUGGGGGGCAGCAUGGGUCGAGGUGGAGGCCGGGGUGGAGGGGGUCCGGGAGCUGGAGGUGGCUUGGCUGCAGGCAGUAUUGGAUCCUGUGACAGCAUGCUGGUGCAGCAAAUUGUCAAACAUGACAGCAUGCCGGCCAUGCAGGAUGCCAUCGCGGCAGCCGCUGCAGGAAGAAGCGGAGUCAUGGGAGGAAGUGGCACCGUGUCUCCUCGGCCUCGUCCGGUCAUCUGGGCACCGCUGGUCCAUGCUCCUUUGCAAACUGCAGCCGCCACCAGUAAUGUAGCCAUUGCCCUCAUGCACCAGCAGCAGCAACAGCAGCAGCAGCUCCAGCAAUUGCAGCAACAGCACGCUCUUAGUGGAACUUUCUUCCUGCCAUCCCCUCUUAUCUCCCCUUCUCCGUCUUCCUCUUUCCCUCUUUCUCCUCCCCGUGCUCCCGUGUUACAGCCCCUUCGCCCCUCUGUAAGCUCUCUCAUCGGAAUGAUGACGAUGGGAGGAAUCGGUGGUUUAUCUCCAAGAGGAUUUCCUGCCUCACCCUCAACCAUGGGUCCUCCUGGUGGGGUUGGUGGAGUGACAUCGCCCCCUUUUGCUAAGACUCCACCAACUCCAGCCUCUUCUGUCCCAACGUCUGUCCAGCAAGGAAGGACCCUCCAUUACAGCCUGCGCCCUCAGGCUGAUCAUCCCUCAGUGAUUGCUGGAUCACUGGGAACCCCAGCUGGAGGAGUCCCAGCUCCACCACUUCACAAGGUAUCCAGCACCAACCCACCUACUGCCUCUGGUGGCCAAUUAGAUGGUAAUACUUCAGUUAUGAGUCAGCAGGGUGCAAAAGAAGCUCUGCUGCGUCAUGGAGGAAAUAGCUUUCAGGGUCUGCCAGCAUUGGGAAGACUCACACAGGAGGCUAGGCUGCUGUCAGCCUCACAGCCCACUCUGCCUCACCGAUCUUGGGCUGGAGUGCAACCUCACCCUCCUCUCCAUCGGAAGGCCUCAGGUGGGAAUUUGUUAGCAGCUCCUUUCCUGGCAGGGCAGUUAGCCAGAGGAGGCAGCGCAGGCAUGCUGACCUCUAACCCUCCAGUGCAGCUGUUGUCAAAUAUUCCAUUGAGUGCACAGACCCAAGCACACGCCACAGUUCCCAUUCAGCCCACUAUAGCUCAGGCUAUCCCUGCAAACAUAGCCACAUACACACAACCUGCAGCUCACACUGCCUCUAUACCAACCGCUGCUCACCUGCCUUCUACAGCUUUACCAUCAUCCUCCCCCCCAAAGCAGACCCCUCUCUCUUCUGCCACCCCUUCACCUACACCCACUCCCUCAUCACCUACACCUAUACUCUCCCACACAUCUCGCCCAAAACCAACCCCAAUGACUCCUUCUCGCUCCUCCUCUCCUCCUCCCUGCUCCACUCCUCCUUCCGCAGGAACAAUCCCACUGUCACUCUCUUCAACUCCUCGUCCCAAGCCACUUCCUACACCUUCUCCCCGCUCUUCUUCUCCCUCUCCAUCCUCCACACCACCUCCAUCCUCAGUUUCUACCCCCGUUCCACUACCUCAGCCUUAUGGGACCAAGUCACCACUUACAUCUUCUCCCCCUUCUACUUUGGUCUCUCCAUCCCCACCACCUCAGAGUCCCAGAGCCAAGGCAUCCAACACACCUCCUUCUGCUUCUCCACUGUCUGGUCCCAGUCCUGCCCUGACUCCAAACCCUUCUCCAAUACCGACUCCCACUCAGACAACCCGGACCCGAACUCCUACCCCAUCUCAAACUCCUAGUCAAACCACGUCACUGGUCACUCCUACCCAAACCUUUACACCUGCAUCCUCCCCAUCUUCCAUGCCUGUUACAUCAGCUCCAUCUUUGAAUAAAUCACAAAGUCCGACACCUUGUCUCCAGCCUUCUCUCUCCAGCUCAGCUAGGGGCCCCGCUUCAAGUCAGAUUCCAAAACAAGCCUCACCACUUACCCCAACGCAAACUCCGACCCCAACGCCUGCUAGCACUAGCUCUGCAACUAAAGUAACCUUCUCAGUUCAUCCUGUAAAGCAAACCUCUCCUGUCCUAACUCCAAGCCCCACUUCAGGCUUGAACCGUAGCAUCAAACAAGCCCCAUCAGCAUCCCCAUCCUCAACAGCUUUAUGCCCCAACCAGAGCUCCAUUCACCCCUCCUCUGUUUUUGCCACCUCCCCUACCACCUCUCCCGGUAUCCAAUCUCCCUCUGCUCACCUCACAACACAAAUGUCAACCACCUCAGCAGCUCCUACUCAUUCCUCAAAACACAAUGCACCCUCUGCCUCCGUCCAGACCACUCAGGCAUCGACCACCGCACCAACCCAACCAGCACAUGCAGCCACUUCGGCCAACUCCACCUCACCUAAAGGUGGGAAAAAGGACCCUCAGCUGUCACUCGCCAGAAAGGACUCAGAGGGACUAAGACACAAAUUGCCAGCCAACAUGUAAGAGCGAAUCUCAUAGAAUGGUGGAUUAUCAGAGCCAUGGAUAUACAGAGUUAUUUCAAAGUUGGCUCCAGGCAGCCAGUGGUCUUAUGUGGACAGGUACAUCUUGUUUGCAUUCACUCUAGGAUGUGGUUGUCUUAGAGCAUCAGGUGUUCGUGUGACUCUCAACCCAGACAAUGAUCAAGGAGAAAGACUUUGUGUGUCUGUUGAGUGCUUGAUGCUGGCUAAGGUAGAGUCUGAAAACAUCCAAAUGUAUACAUACAUAUCUGUGUUAGUGAUUGUUGGAGCAAGCAGGGGAGCUGAAGUGGAAAUACGCUGCAAUACAUGUUCACAGAAAAACUGGACGAAAGCAAUGACUGAAGCCUGAAGAAUACUGUAAAAAGCCAAUGAAAACAGCAAUACUUGUAAAGCAUUUUACUCACUCUGUGACAGGAAAUGACCUCGACAAUGAUAAUUAAUGUGAGAAGAUUAUCUUUUUGCUGUUGGGAAACAAGAACGCCUAACAUGACGUCAAAAUGCAGGCAAUAGAGCAGACGCUUCCUGGUUUCCAGCUCCAACGCCCUCUUGUCUCCCAUUCUUCACCAAAGUGUAAUAUUUUCUCAUCAAAAUAAUAACAAUUGUUAUAAUAUAGCGUUUAAAAAUCACUGUAAAGUUGAUACUUAUAUGAAAUUGAAUAAUUAGGAGCAGUCCACUGGUAGUUUUGUUGUCCCAGGUGUGUGGUGUUUAGUUUUUGAAAAAUACAAGACUUUUUAACCUACAUGUUCACAAUUUCUGUAUAUUGUGUUUGUGUGUAUGUGUGUGUGUGUGUGCGCGUGACACACAAUACUGCUUGGCUGUACACUCAAUUGUGGUUCACUCAGUUUUGUCCCACCCAGCUCCCUGUACCUGUAAAUACGUGCCUCUCUGUGGGUCUGUUGUAUGCUUCCUCACUCCCCGGCCUCCAUGUCUUUCAUCUCUUGUCUGUCUAGCUGCCUUUCAUCUGAUUUCACAGCUCUGGUCACUAACUGUUUCUUUGACGCUCACAGAUUCACUCCCUUCCUCUCUGCAGCCAUCAUCCUCACGUUCAACUGGCAGUCUCAUCCUUCUGUCGCCCUAUGACACAGUUUCAGCUCCAUUUCCAGUGAUGUUUGAUGUUUUCUGUGUGUAGCAACUAAGCAUUUCUGUCUUAACCCCUGAUACCAUGUUGCCUAGACUUAUAUUUAAGGACCAAAUGUUUUAUUUUUAUUUAUCACAGCUUUAGCUUUGAAAAGAACAAAAACAUAGCUAACAAUGCUGUCAAAAUGAUGAUCUGUGUGUGACACUGAAGGUGAUGAUUAUGAGUGUGAUGAUGAUGAUAAGAAGAUGACGAUGGUGUAUAUCUGGAUGUAAGAAUAAAGGGGAUUUAGAUAUCA